AUGGAACCCGUAGCAAAUAUACUUCAAAUGAAAACACUUGAUAUAGUUAAAGCCAACGAGCCUAUUCAAACUAUUGUUGAAAUGCUAAGAUAUUAUCGGAAGAAUGCGGAGAACGUAAAGGCUGAAAUUUUAAAAGAAGCAGGCGAUAUAGCAAAGCCUUUGAAUGUUGAUAUAAUUGUCGCUCGUAUUGCUGGCCGACAAAACUCAGGCGACUUUUGGAAAAGAUCUCUCAUAACUCCUUACUUUGAUUCAAUCAUUGGAUCUCUACAAUUAAGAUUUUCCACAGAAAAAUCACCUGCAUUUUCUUUAACCCAUUUUCAUCCGGGUAACAUGAAAUAUGUUUCAUUGGAAGAAUGA